AGAAGGUACGGAGUAGUAGGUUCAGUCAGAGCAGACGCGGACGUCAAAAAAAAAAAAGAGAACAGCGGAGCGGCGAGUCAGACAUGGCCGCCGGGAGCCUGGACCUCCCCGUGGUAGACCUCGCGUCCCCCGACCUCCAAUCCGCCGCAGAGGCCGUCCGAAAGGCAUGCGUGGACAGCGGCUUCUUCUACGUCACCAACCACGGGAUCCAGGACGAGCUGCUGGCGGCGGUGUUCGCGGAGAGCAAGAAGUUCUUCGAGCUGCCGCUGGAGGAGAAGAUGUUGCUGCACAGGAACAGCGCCCACCGGGGCUACACCGCUCCCUACGACGAAAAGCUCGACGCCUCGUCCAAAUUCAGAGGAGACCUCAAGGAGAGUUUCUACAUCGGAACUGUCCGGGAUGUAGAUAUGCAGAAUGAUCCUAACCAAUGGCCUCCUGAAGAGCGCUUUCCAUCUUGGAAGGAUACCAUGAAGUUGUUCCAUGCUACUGCACUGGCUGCUAGCAAAAGGAUAAUCUCUCUAAUUGCUCUGAGUUUGGACCUAGAUCCUGAAUUCUUUUCGAACAUUGGGGCAUUGGACUGCCCGUCAGCAGCUCUUCGGUUAUUGCACUACCCAGGUGAAGUAAACGAGUCUGAUAACGGAAAUUAUGGUGCAUCAGCUCAUUCAGAUUAUGGAAUGAUAACUCUUUUGGUAACGGAUGGCACUCCUGGCUUGCAGAUAUGCAGGGAGAAGGAUAAGGAGGACUGGAAAGAUGUUCAUCACAUUGGGGGGGCCCUUAUUGUGAAUAUUGGUGAUUUGUUAGAAAGGUGGACGAAUUGCAUUUUCAGAUCUACACUUCAUCGUGUUGUCUCAGUUGGGAAAGAGCGAUAUUCUGCGGCUUACUUUCUCGAUCCAAACCCCGAUUUAGUGGUGCAAUGCUUGGAAAGCUGUUGCUGCGAGGCAUAUCCUCCAAGGUUUGCACCUAUCAAGGCGGGCGACUAUUUGAAAGAACGAUUAAGUGCCACAUACAAAUAGAUACACCCUCCGAUCCAUGAAAGUGUGUCAGAAAUUUAAUACUCCCUCCGUUCCUUUUUAUAGUGCCUAUAGAUUUUUGGCAUUUGUUUCAGAAUAUAAGGUUGUAGCUUGGAUUUUUUUUUCAAUUACCCCCUCCCUUGUUCAGCUCCCACACAACAUGCGUGAGAAAAAAAUUCAUACAAAAUUGGAAACAAUUAAUUGAGAUUUCUAAUGCAUGGCCCAAUGAUUCCUUAAAAUUAGGCAGCAAUGUUUUACUUUCUUUAAUUAAACAUGGCUACACAUAUAUGGAGAAUCAACAAGAGAGAUUUGUGGGAUUUGUUAUGGUAAGUUAGGAAGAUAUGGAUUUCCCAAAUUUGACGUUGAUCUCAAAUCGUUCAGCUAGGGGGUCUUGUGUAAAAAAUACUCUUGCGCUAAUUUCCGUGCCAAAAAACAAUAGGCACUAUAGAAUGGAACGGAGGGAGUAUAAAAGUUGUACUAACAUAGUACUAAAUUCCUCACACUUUUUGUGGAUCGCAGGAAGUACUAGAAUUCUCUCGGCAAUUGUGUGGCUAUACAUUUGAACCUAUGCAUCUAUGCUUGAAAAAAGGAGAUGUAUUUCCUACACAAUUGUAAUGGUUAUUAUUGUAAAUAUAGUUAUAUUUUAUUACAGUUAUAAGUUGUAACAGUUUAAGUA